UGACGUCGCCGGUCACAUGGCGAGCGUCAGCCGUGUUGCAGGAAGUGAAGCAGUCAUGGCGACCCCUGUCGCGUUACUCUCCGAAUCUGUGCUCGGAUGGUCUAUUUUCACCAUUGUUUUACUGGUCAUCGUGGCCUUCUGCUGGGUUUAUAUUCGGAAAUAUCAGAGCCGGCAGGAGAGCGAGGUAAUCUCCACCAUCACUGCGAUAUGCGCUCUGGCCAUUGCGCUCAUCACGUCGGCUCUUCUUCCAGUUGAUAUCUUCCUAGUGUCCUUCAUGAAAUACCCCAAUGGCACUUACAAGGAAUGGGCGGCAGGCAAUGAGACCAGGCAGCAGAUCGAAGACACAGUUUUGUAUGGCUACUACAGUAAGUACUAAAUGACACUAUUUUGGUGCAGUAAAUAAAAUUUUCUUACCUUGCAUUUUAGGAAAUGUACCAUUCAUAUUCCUUCAUCAUCUGCCCUU